CACUUAUUUUAUUAUUAUCAAAACCUGAUGUGCUUGAGGAAAAACAAGUAUGAGUCAGCAUGUCUGCCUGACAGUUUUGUAGUUCUGGCUUUAAAUAUCUAUCUUUCCUGACGAGUAUAUUGACACUACAUAACCAGUAAAAUUCACAUGUAUACUUAAGUACUAUUUAUAGUUUUCAGUGACCCUCAGGUGCAUGUUUUUGGAGCCACCUCAGGAAGAACAUUGAAAUUCAUGACCCUAAUGAUAAGUGCUAUAGAACACUCGUGGAUGGACAUUUCUUCCCCAAAUUCCAAAAUGUUUUGACUGGUAAGACUCUUUUUGUUGUGUCCGUGAGCAACAUGACAUCAGAGAAGACACACUACUCUAUGACAUCAUAGCCUUUCUGACCAUGUUAAAAGUCCCCUGUUGCCAAAGCAACGUGUUCAGAUGGGGAAUUUACCUAACCUGACAUCUUGAGCAAGGCCAACAUUUUGUUCAAAUCUGUUGAAUAAUUGUGAAAAGAAGAAACAAUAGCGGCCUGCCACAACUGCGUGCAAUAUGGAGUACACAUUUAGAGCCGUAACUCACACUCCUGGGAUCAUAAUCUGGAGAGUCGAGAAAAUGGAGCUUGUUCAAGUCCCUGAGAAGUCACAUGGACAAUUUUAUGAGGGCGACUGCUAUGUUGUUCUCUACACCCCGAAAGUCAAAGGCUCCCAGCACUGCAACAUCCACUUCUGGAUCGGCUCACAGUCCUCACUGGAUGAGCAAGGGGCAGCUGCAGUUUACACCGCACAGCUGGAUGACUAUUUGGGUUCCUCGCCGAUUCAGCUCCGAGAAGUUCAAGACCACGAGUCCGAUGUAUUCUGGGGUUAUUUUAAGCAUGGCAUAAUCUACAAGAAAGGCGGAGUUGCAUCGGGCAUGAAGCACACCGAAGUCAACACCUACGACGUACAGAGGCUGCUUCAUGUCAAAGGGAGGAAACGGGUGGUGGCCAAGGAGGUGGUGUUUUCCUGGCAGAGCUUCAACCUGGGGGAUGUGUUUUUGUUGGACAUGGGUAAGGUCAUCAUCCAGUGGAAUGGACCAAAGAGCAAUAGUCAGGAAAGACUUAAAGGCAUGCUGCUGGCCAAAGACAUUCGAGACAGAGAGCGAGGUGGUCGUGCCGAGAUCAAGGUGAUCGAGGGUGACGAGGAGGACGACAGUCCUGAAAUCAUGGAGAGUAUGAUUGACGUUCUUGGGCAGAGGCGCAUCCAUCUGACAGAUGGACCGCUUGAUGAAGCCCCGAACCAGGAACAAAUAGGAAAACUCACUCUUUACCAUGUGUCAGACGCUAAAGGGCAGAUGAAGGUCGUAGAGGUUGCUCGCAGACCACUAGUGCAAGAACUGCUUAACAAUCAUGACUGCUACAUUCUGGACCAUGCUGGGUCAAAAUUGUUUGUAUGGAAAGGGAAGAAGGCCAAUAAAGCUGAGAAACAGAUGGCCAUAUCCAGAGCUAUGGAGUUUAUCAAAGCUAACGACUACCCCAGCACCACAAACGUGGAGGUGAUGAAUGACGGAGCCGAGUCGGCCCUUUUCAAGCAGUUGUUCCAGACGUGGACGGUGAAGGACCAACCACAAGGCCUGGGAAAAGCACACACAAGGGGCAAAGUUGCGACUGUCACACAAGAGAAAUUUGAUGUCGCUCUGAUGCAUGAGAUGCCAGAGAUAGCUGCACAAGAAAGGAUGGUUGACGAUGGUACAGGUCAAGUGGAGGUUUGGAGAAUUGAAAAUCUGGAGUUGGUGCCCAUGGACGCUCAUCGUCACGGCUACUUCUACGGAGGAGACUGUUACUUGAUCCUCUACUCUUACAUGGUGAACAACAAGCAGAGCUUCAUACUCUACAUAUGGCAGGGCCGUCAUGCCACACAGGACGAACUGGCGGCGUCUGUGCUUCACGCCAUUGAUAUGGACCACAUGUACGGUGGGGCGCCGGUUCAAGUCAGAGUGACCAUGGGAAAAGAACCCAAACACUUUUUGGCCAUUUUCAAAGGCAGAAUGGUCAUCUUUGAGGGGGGCUCAUCUCGAAAAGGACUUUCUGAACCCGACCCACCGGUGCGACUGUUCCAGGUUCACGGUUAUGAGCCCUCCAAUACGAAAGCAAUUGAGGUUCCAGCGUUCGCCUCUUCUCUCAACUCUAAUGACGUGUUUCUGCUCAAGAGUCAGAGUGGACUGUAUCUGUGGUGUGGAAAGGGAGCAAGUGGAGAUGAGAGGGACAUGGCAAAGGAGAUCAGCUCCGUGAUUGAACACAACUCGCUGGGCUUCUAUAGCCAGAUUGUUGCCGAGGGUCUCGAACCUUUGGAUUUCUGGGAGAUGCUGGGAGGUCAGGCACCCUACGCCAAUGACAAAAAGUUGCAGCAGACUGUUUUGGACCAUGAGCCACGCCUGUUCGAAUGCUCCAACAAGUCGGGACGUUUCAUCGUGACCGAGGUGACCCAGUUCACGCAGGAUGACCUCAAUGAAGAUGAUGUCAUGCUACUAGACACAUGGGACCAGGUGUUUCUGUGGAUCGGUAAGGAGGCCAACAGAUUAGAACGCAAAGAGGCAGUGGUGACCAGCCAGGAGUACCUGCACACACACCCAGGCGACAGAGAUCCUGACACACCUAUCAUCUUGGUCAAGCAAGGGUUCGAGCCACUCACCUUCACUGGCUGGUUCACUGCUUGGGAUCCUUACAAAUGGAGUGAGGGCAAGAGCUAUGAGCAACUGAAGAAGGAGCUGGGAAACGUGGCGAGCCUUGUCGAUGUUUUCACUGUUCAUAGCGAUGCUGAAAAGGAUGCAACCUUUCAGUGUUUUCCUGCUGAGGUUUUAGUCAAAAAGCUUGUCAACGAAUUGCCUAGAAACGUUGAUCCAACCCAGAAAGAGAAAUACCUUACCGACAAAGACUUCUGCCACAUAUUUGGAAUCAGCAAAGACCAGUUUGCAAAUUUGCCAAAAUGGAAACAACUCAAUUUGAAAAAAGAAAAGGGGCUGUUUUGAUAUCGAUCAAGUUUCACUCCUUAACAUAUCCGACUACAGAGUACAUUGAAAUAGCACACAAUUUGGCAUGUAAAAUUUACAUGUCUGUGUUUCACAUCAGUGGUUUAUUAAUCAAAACAUAUUAAUCAUAUUGGGCUUUGGGUUCUGUUGGCUAAACUGCCUCCUUUCGAUCUAGUUUGCCACCUGCUGGACAAAUAUUGUUAUAGCACAACUGGCUAAAACAUUUGAGGUAAACAAAACAAAAAAAAUUGGGAUGACUCGAUUAUCAAACUAAAAAUGUUCAAAUAAAAUAUAUAACAUAACAAAGCACAAGAUUUAUCAAGUUAUUUUAUUCCAAAAUUUCAAUUCUGGUUUUAGAUUUACUAUAGAAUUCAAAAUUACUCAAAUGCAAAAAAAUUACAAGAAUAUAUACUUUUGCAUUUUUCGAAUGCUCAUGAUCUGAUGACUUAGAACAAAAGAAAAUUACAAUUGGGAGUUAACAGAUUGAGGGAAACUAUUUGAAAGUCUCUAACCAUAGCAGGUCAGAG